ACUGGCUCCUCCCUGAGCAAGGAAGAAGGACUUGAUCAUAUUAAGGGAUAGGAGAGGAGGAACUGGGCAUGCCUGUUUCUGCUCCUUCCAGUCAUCUUGGAAGUGCACUUCUGAGGAUGUGCAAACCGAAGCCUGCUCCUCUGUGUUGUACCAGGAAAUGUGAAAUCUCUUAGGCCAAGAAGAACAACCUGAGGACUCUUUUUCCGGAGGUAAUUGAACUCCUUUAGUAAAUCCAGAGGAGAAAUCUGAGAUCAGUACGUCUUUCGUAUCUAUGAUAGCUAAGGAUACAUCACUUGAAAGAUUUCUCUAUACUAACUAGUUUCUUCAGCAUUUGACUCUUGGUCCUUGUGUUGUGAGCUCCUUGUUCCUGCAAAGCUGGCUGGGGUCACCAUAGUGGGUCAAAAAAAAAUCCAUCAAUGACAGAGAUAGAGAAUCUCCAAUCUCUAUCCCAAGACAUGUUCUCGAUGACUUGAGCACAUCAGCAGAUGCUCAGGAUACAGAAGAGUGAUUUCAUCUAUGGGAAAAAGACCCUCUGGAAAGAAGUGUGAAAUCAUCAAAAGAACCAUUGGAGAGGACACUUGAGAGUCAUGUGGCUGAGGUUUCACAUGAUCCCGGCAUGCUUCCAGUCCAGAGGAGAAAGCUAGACCCACUCCUCAAAAAGUAUAGGCAUCAUAAGAAGGCCACAAGGACAAAAAGAAGGAAGAAGGAGAAAAUGGAGGCCCAGUGCUCCCCUGUUCCUCCAACACCUUCAACACCACCACAAAGUGAAGAAGAUGAGGCUGUAGACAAAAAGCCAACUCUACUCAGUGCCCAGGAAGAUACUCCUGACCUUCUCCAGGAGGACAGAUUACAGUGUCUGCAGGAAGAGGGUUCCAGUGUGAUGCAUCAGGAAUGUCAGAUCCAGUCCUGUGAGCUCUUGGUGGCUCAGAAGCCCAGGCCCUCUUCUCCUGCAGUGACAUCCUUGGCAUCACCACCACUCUGCUUUGGCAGUUUCCUAAGCUGUGUCUGCCAGACCUUCUCAAGGUCUAGGAAGCAGAAGCCUCCCAGAAGAAAUGGUAACAACCAGGCUGAGGCAGGAGGUGAUGCUGAGGUCCUGAGACCUGGCCUGGCAAAACCAGAGUUGAGCCUCAGCAAAACGUGUAGCCACUUGCAAUUGAUACAGCUUUCCUUUGUGUUUAGUUUUAUAGUUCUCUCUGUAUGUCAUUGUUCUUCUUAGUUGAGUUUUUGCCUGUCAAAGAGACAGAGAGCUGCUUUUAUGCUGAGAUCCUCAAGCCAAAACCCACAGUAAAAGCAAAGUAAAACUUUGAGGCUUUUAACUUUUACUCAGUGGUGGAAUUACUUCCUACUUCCUUCCCAUUAGGUUGAAGGUGGGAUUCUCUCUGGAGUAAGUUGUUCCCAAAAUUCAUGUGUAUUUCACUCAGGAGUGAAGUGAUACAAUUUCAUCAUUUUCAGUAGUGUUUCCUGAUAUCGACAACCAAAUGGAGAUCUUUCGUGUUCAACUCCUUUCAUUUUCUUUUACCUUUGACUACAGAUUCAUUUUGUAUUCUUCUUCAAUAUUUUGUUGAAAUUCUGCCACUUUUUUUU